ACAAUAUAAUAUAUAUAUAUAUAUAGAUAUAUAGAUGAGAUGGAGAAAAUUUUACUUUGUAGUUGAAAAGAAGAAUUAUGGAAUCUAAAAUGAUGAAUUUGGAGGUUAUAUUAUUUUAUUAUUGUACAAGAGAGGUAACAGUUUUGAUAUAGAUACUGUUCAGAAAUAACAAAAUUUGGUUGCCCGCACGACAAACAGUCAACAUAUUUCUUCACUAAUCUCAACUUACUUUAUUGGUAACGACACUAUUGGUUUAUACUAUAAAUAUAAGAUAUUAUAGUGUACUUUUCAUUUAUUGAGUGAAAUGGUCUCGUGUACUUUGGUGAUUACACGCCUAUAUAACACGUGGUCUCGUUCCUCGAGAAGCCGACCGUCCCCGUUAUUGUUGCCGCCCUCGCAGCUAAGAAUGUCCUCUCUCUUUCUAAGCAAGCAAACCAAAUCUUCUAACCCUUUAUGAUCAAAAGAAAGCAAACUUCUUUUUGCUAUAGAGUCAAUUUUUCUGGUUAGUUCCUUACUUGAAUAUUCUUCUGGAGCUGAUAUUUCGAGUCAUCUUAAUUUCCAAGCUCUAACUCUGGCGUCAGACGUAUAACUACUAGGAACGGAGAUUGAUCUGUCUUCGGAAUGACUGAUAGCUAACACUUGAAGGGAGACAUGGCUAGUGUUAAAGAUAUUUCUGUUUCAGCUGUGAUCAACCUUAUAUCUGCACUUGUUUUCCUUUUGGCCUUUGCAAUUGCACGGCUUCAGCCAAUCAAUGACAGAGUAUACUUCCCUAAAUGGUAUUUGAAGGGUAUACGAGCAAGUCCUAGAAGUUCUGGAUCAUAUGUCAAUAAAUUUGUCAACUUGGACUUUAGGACAUACAUUAGGUUCUUGAACUGGAUGCCUGCAGCUCUAAAAAUGCCUGAACAAGAGCUUAUAAGUCAUGCUGGUCUUGAUUCUGCAGUCUAUAUACGCAUGUACCUUCUUGGCUUGAAGAUCUUUGUUCCAAUCACACUACUUUCUUUUGCGGUUUUAGUGCCUGUUAAUUGGACUUGUGGGGAAACAUUACAUCACAUUGAAGAUCUAACGUUCAGUAACAUUGAUAAACUUUCCAUAUCCAAUGUUCCUUCAGGAUCAAAGAGGUUAUGGGCACACGUGGUGAUGGCUUAUGUAUACACACUUUGGACCUUGUAUAUUCUGUACAAAGAAUACAAGAAAAUAUCAACAAUGAGACUAGAUUUUCUUGCCUCUGAAAAACGUAGGCCAGAUCAGUUCACGGUCCUUGUUAGAAACGUCCCACCAGAUCCUGAUGAAUCAGUGAGCAAGCAUGUUGAACAUUUUUUUCGUGUCAAUCAUUCAGAUCAUUAUCUUACACAGCAGGUUGUUUACAAUGCCAAUAAGCUUGCUAAAUUGGUGGAGAAGAAAAAGAGUUACCAUAAUUGGCUUACUUACUACCAAACCAAGAAUGAGAGGAACCCUGAGAAGAAACAAAAAAUUAAGACAGGAUUUUGGGGGCUUUGGGGAAAAUCUGUGGACGCCAUCGACUAUUAUACAACUGAAAUUGAGAAGUUGACAAAAGAAGAAGCUGAAGAAAGAGAAAAGGUUAAAAGUGAGCCCAAUGCAAUCGUGUCUGCAGCAUUUGUCUCGUUCAACUCUCGUUGGGGAGCAGCUGUUUGUGCUCAAACACAACAGUCAAGAAACUCAACCAUUUGGUUGACAGAAUGGGCUCCUGAACCACGUGAUGUCUAUUGGGAUAAUCUUUCAAUACCAUAUAUUCAACUCUCUCUACGGAGACUUCUAAUGGCUGUUGCUUUGUUCUUUCUUACUUUCUUUUUUAUGAUCCCAAUUGGAUUUGUUCAAGCAUUUGCAAGCAUUGAUGGCAUCAGAAAGGUUCUUCCAUUCCUGAAGCCAUUAAUAGAUAUGGAUUUUGUAAAAUCAUUUGUACAAGGUUUUCUACCCGGGAUUGUAUUAAAGAUAUUUCUGAUUCUUCUUCCUAUGAUUCUAAUGAUCAUGUCCAAAAUAGAAGGCUUUACAUCAAUUUCAUCUUUGGACAGAAGAUCAGCAGCUAAAUAUCAUUUGUUUGUCAUUGUAAAUGUCUUCUUUGGAAGUAUUAUUACUGGUGCUGCAUUUGAACAGCUUGACAGGUUUCUCCACCAGUCUCCAACAGAGAUCCCAAAAACCAUUGGUGUAACUCUUCCGAUGAAAGCUACUUUUUUUAUUACUUUCAUAAUGGUUGAUGGCUGGGCUGGAAUUGCUGCAGAGAUCCUUAGAUUGGUUCCUCUAAUCAUGUUUCACAUUAAAAAUACAUUUCUAGUAAAGACAGAGCACGACAGGGAGGAAGCAAUGGACCCUGGUUCAUUAAACUUUUCUGUAUCAGAACCUCGCUUACAACUCUACUUCCUACUAGGCCUUGUCUACUCAGUGGUCACACCAAUACUCCUGCCUUUCAUCAUUAUCUUCUUUGCCUUCUCUUAUAUGGUUUUCCGCCAUCAGAUCAUUAAUGUGUACGAUCAGAAGUAUGAGAGUGGUGCAUCAUUUUGGCCAGAUGUCAAUCGUCGUAUACUUAUAGGUUUGGUCAUAUCCCACCUUCUAUUAAUCGGUCUACUGAGCACCAAAGAGGCUUCCCAAUCAACCCCAUUGCUGAUAGUACUUACAGUUUUGACAAUCUGGUUCCAUAAGUUUUGCAAGGGACGAUUUGAGUCUGUGUUUGUCAGAUUCCCAUUGCAGGACGCGGUGGUGAAGGAUACAGUAGAACGGACCACAGAACCAAACUUUAACUUGAAAGAAUAUCUCCAGGAUGCUUAUUUGCACCCUGUUCUCAAAGGGGUCGAUUUUGAAGUAUCAAGAGAAAUUAACGAUGAGGGAAAAAAUUCACUUGUUGCUACCAAGAGGACUUGUAGACGGAGUAGCAAGACUGUUUCUAAUGGCACUUCUGAAGAUCAGAAGACAGCCUCAGAGAUUCAGCUCGUUUUUUAAUUUGACACCAAAAGCAGUUAAAAAUUACAAUCAUGGUGUUUGAUUUCCUUAUAACUUGUGUUAGGCCUUCUAUAUCAAAGAUGGCAGUGAAAAUGUACCCGUUGAAAAGCUG